AUAGAGCAAAAAGUUAUUGAGAUUUGUAAAAAAAUUUUUCAAGAUGAGCUUAGAAAUAUUCUUAACAAAUUUAAAACUCUUUUAUCUUCUUAUAAUUUAUCACCAGAAUUAGCAAGCUCUAUGGCUUUAGAUGAACCUAUAGAUAUUAAUUUGGUACAUUGUCCUGCUAAUGAUCUUACAACUGCUGAAUGUAGAAUUAAUAAUAUUUUACUUCCCAAAGCAGUAUUAGAUGGAGCAUUAACAAGAGAUACAGAUUAUACAAUGAUACAUGAUAUAAUAGUUAGUGAUUAUGAUAAAUAUGCUUUGAUUAUUGGCACUGACUGGCUUGAUCUUGCUGGAG